AUCGUUCAUUUUUCUUCUUGACAUUCCCGAUGUUCUGUUUUUUCUGAAUUAAAUUGCCGUUUUUUCUCCCACGUUACAACAUAUUUUUGGUAGAUUGAAAUUUGAUUAAAUUUUUCCAGUAAUGGCAAUUCAAAGACUAAUAUCUUGAAAGUUUUCGUUUUGAAUAUCAUCCAAAGAGUUCACAAUAAUAUUUCACAAAUCCGUGCUCAUUUGUAAGCUUCAAUCAGUCUUUACAGAUGGCAUUCAACACGCAGCCGAUAGUUGCCAUAAUUCAGGUCUAACUUCCCAGUUGUAUCAACUGCAAGCAACUACGGCGUAGGUUUCAUUCAGUUUUUCGUAAUCUCCGUAAAAGUGACAGAUCUCAGCACCUGUUCAAAUUCAAAUUAUCAACAAUGGCUUCCGCGUCAGCAGUAGAGGAGCGGAUGUUGAAAGGUGCCCGAAAAAUAGUUCCCGUAUUAACUUCCUCGAAAUACAAGGGGCAAGAUGGGAGGAUCGGGAUAUUCGGAGGAAGCACAGAAUACACCGGAGCUCCGUUUUUUGCUGCCAUAAGUGCGCUAAGAGUUGGCGCCGAUUUGGCGCACAUAUUUUGCACCAAAGAAGCUGGGAUUCCCCUGAAGUCCUACAGUCCGGAGCCGAUCAUUCAUCCUGUUCUCGAUCAACACGAUGCCAUUAAGUUGAUAAAACCGUGGCUGGAUAGGCUGCACGUAAUUGUUAUCGGGCCUGGUUUGGGGAGAGAAGAAAAAGUGUUCAAAGUUAUCGCGGAUUUGAUCAGCAUAUGCCGUGAUCUCAAAAAACCCUUGAUCAUAGACGCAGAUGGUCUUGCUCUCAUAUGCCAACGGCCAGAGCUAGUCAAGGAGUAUCCUGGGCUUAUCCUAACGCCGAACGCCGUGGAGUUUUCUCGAUUGGCGAAAGCUCUAUUAGAAAAAUCUAUACAACCAGCUCCCGUUGCGAAAGUAUCGGACGUCAAACAUCUCGCCGACGUUCUGGGGAAAAAUGUCGUUGUUCUUCACAAAGGGGCUAAAGAUGUUAUCGUGGAUGGGCAUAAGGGAACAGAGACCUUGUCAUGCGGGGUUUCUGGAUCGCCGAGAAGAUGCGGUGGUCAAGGUGAUCUUCUGUCUGGUGCCCUAGCGGUCUUCUACUGGUGGGCAAUAAGCGCUGGACCGAGCGAGUGUGCCUUGUCACCGGCAAUGACCGCGGCCUACGCCGCCUCCAGGUUAACCAGGGAGUGCAACGCAGCAGCUUUUAAAAUCAAACAACGAGCCACCCUAACGACAGACAUGAUCGAAUGCAUACAUCCGGUGUUUGCGAAGUUGUUCGAAACACACGUAUGCAAGUAAACCGAGAGAAGAGAAACCUUUUCCCAUCCUGGCACAAUCCAUCCUUGCACGAUUUUACCCAAGUCCGUAUGGAAUAAUCAAUCAAAAUUGUAAGUAAAUUUCAUAGUACACAUUCGUAUUUAGCUUUUUAUAAAAAGUAAGUCUUUGAAUCUUGUAAUAUAUCUCCCCUUUAAUAGACUAUGAUUCAAAGUUAGAUCCCUUAAAAUUGAAGAUGUCCCCUUUCGUCGAUUGGUAGAAAAUAGCACGAGGUAACUGAUUAUUUCGCAGUAUCCGUGAUCACCGGAUAUAUUUUUAUGUAUAAAAUACAGAUGCUUUUAUUUCUUCGGAAGUGUAAAGUAAUAAAAAUAAAUACUAGCGUUCGGUAUACAUAACAUUAAAAAUAUGAAUUCUA